UUUCCUAAUUCAGUUUCUCAUUCUUUAUCUAGUAAUAGUAAAAUAACAAUAUCUCUCUGACUUUGAUUGAGAACCGUCGUUCUUCAUAGACUCGACCCCAUGGACCACAAUUUAUUGUCUGCACGUCACUAGCCACCGUUUAAAUACAUUCAGAAUCUAAUCCUUCGUUCUCUUCUAGAAGUUUGUUCCACUUCCAAGAAUUUCGUGUCUCAGUAGUUGCUCUUGCUCGAGUUUUGAAAUAAAUAUAAAAAUAGGAUGUGAACAAAUUUCUUUUUGAAUAAUGGACGAUUGUCAGUGUUUCAUCGAUCAUUUUUUACCUUGAAAAAGAAGGUAAUGGAGAGCUUUGACUUCACCGAAUUUGUGGAAGAUUGUACUGAUUUUCGCAGACAUUAUUUACGAAGUGGCGAGUACAGCUUCAUUCAUGACAGCCAUUACAUGUACACCAGAGAUCAAGAUCAGGCGACUAAUGCCGAAGAUGCACUUUUCGAUAUGUUCAAAAAUGAAGACACCGGCCUCUUACCAAUCGGCAAAUUUUUAGCCGCUUUGAGGACGACCGGUUUGCGAAACGACGAUCCCAGGCUUCAAGAAUUCACGGACAACUUACGAAAAGAACACUUGAAAAGCGGAGGCCACGAGGGUGUUUCUCACGAGACGCAGAAAUUAACCAGAGAACAGUUUAGAAAAAUCAUAAAUCAGAACAUAGUGUUGAUCUCACGCGCGUUCAGGCAUCAGUUCAUUAUUCCCGACUGGUCUGGCUUCACGAAGCACAUAGAGGACUUCUACUGGAAAUGCAAGUCAAACUCGGAGGGCAAGGUCGCCUCAUACAUACCUCAACUGGCGAGAAUGAAUCCGGAUUACUGGGGCGUUUCCGUCUGCACGAUCGAUGGACAGAGAUUCAGCAUCGGUGACACGAUGAUUCCCUUUACCUUGCAGAGUUGCAGCAAGCCCUUGACUUAUGCGAUUGCCCUGGACAGGCUUGGUCAGGAAGUGGUUCAUCAGUAUGUCGGUCAGGAACCGUCAGGGAGAAACUUCAACGAGUUGGUUCUAGAUUACAAUAAGAAACCCCAUAAUCCUAUGAUCAAUGCUGGAGCGAUCUUGGUCUGUUCUCUUCUAAAGUCUUUAAUUAAACCAGAAAUGACUCUGGCGGAGAAAUUCGACUUCACGAUGAACUAUUUUAAGAGGCUAGCAGGUGGAGAAAAUUUGGGCUUCAACAACGCAGUAUUCUUGUCUGAACGAGAGGCUGCUGAUAGAAAUUACGCUCUCGGGUUCUACAUGAGAGAAUACAAUUGCUACCCGGAUAAAUCGAAUUUGAGAGAUAUCAUGGAUUUUUAUUUCCAGUGUUGCUCCAUGGAGGCUAAUUGCGACACAAUGGCAGUGAUGGCUGCUACCCUGGCCAACGGUGGUAUAUGUCCCAUUACUGAGGAGAAGGUCUUGAAACCUGACAGCGUUCGGGACGUUCUAAGUUUAAUGCACAGCUGUGGAAUGUACGAUUACAGUGGCCAAUUCGCGUUCAAGGUCGGCAUUCCAGCAAAAUCUGGCGUAUCGGGAAGCCUGCUGGUAGUGAUACCAAACGUGAUGGGCAUUUGCACGUGGUCACCGCCGUUGGACCCUCUUGGCAAUUCUUGCAGGGGUGUGCAAUUUUGCGAAGAACUCGUCACCGAGUUCAAUUUUCACAGCACCUACUAUGAUCACAGGUACGACAACCUGAAGCACGCGACUAAUAAGAAGGACCCGAGGAGGCACAAGUACGAGACUAAAGGACUGUCGAUCGUCAAUCUUCUGUUCAGCGCAGCUAACGGGGACGUAACGGCGAUGAGAAGGCAUAGAUUGAGCGGAAUGGAUAUGACACUAUCAGAUUACGAUGGUAGGACGGCUUUGCAUUUGGCUGCUAGCGAGGGACACUUAGAUUGCGUCGAGUUCCUGAUCGAGCACUGCGCGGUCCCGCACGAUCCCAAAGACAGGUGGGGAAAGAAGCCCAUCGACGAGGCAGAGACGUUCGGGCACAUGCAUGUGGUCGAAUACUUGAACAAUUAUGCGGUAGCUCAAAACACAGAAGCAGUGAAUGAAGAGAAAGAGAAUAACAGCGACGAGAACACGGACUCCCGGAAGGUCGUAGAAUCCGCUGGUCAAACACCAUUACCCUAAAUUCGCAGAUGGGUUUAGAUAGGUUGCUAGGAUUGACAAAGAAAAAGAACAAGUGGCUUAAUAUUACAAAAAGAUGAGUUCACUGACGUAUUACCUUUCGUACAAGAUCAUACUCUACGACCGAUUUAGUUAAUUUUAUAUUCAUAUGUCCGAUAGCCAAAUAACAGCCUAAAUUCAAUCUACAGUUACGUCUAAUUGUACAGUACUGCAAGUGUACAUAGUAUUAUACAUACACAUACUAUUCGGUUCGGCUUCUACACAUAUACAUAUGUUCCAAAGUUUUAUUCAUUGAUUUUUCUUAAGCGAUUGUGUGUGAAUUAUCGAAGAUGUGUGAAUGUUCGAUAGAAAAUAUAUGUACAGGGUGCAACUGAUGAUACAAUUGGAAAGCAGAUGGAAAAAGGGAGUUUAGAAAACUUGUCCGAUUUCAACUUAUUCUUUCUUCACACUGAAUCGUCAUUUUAUGACUGUACUCUGGUACAGCUACAAGACAUUUAGUGUAUUAUCUUCCUUAAUAAUUUUUGUUCUCAUUUUCUAGUUUUAACAAGCGAUAAAUCAAAUCUAGCAUUUCUAACAGUAAAUCUUUAAUUUUUUUAUGAAUGAAAUGAAACAGUGAAGGAGGAGUAUAAGUUAUAAGGAACUGAGCAGGAUAAUUAAGACAAUUAAGAAUAAUUUUACAGUAUUAUUUACGUGAUCCUUGCGUGAUACUUACAUCAAGUAAUAGCGAACGUUGAUAUUAUUUGUAAUGUGGGUACUUAACGUACAGCUUACGAUCCGAGUGGGUGUACAGGGUGUACAGAAAUGUUAGGCGUACUCUACAUCUUCGGAUCUAUGAAGAUAAAAAACAGUUUUCGCAAAAUUGUCCUGGGCCUUACAUUUCAUGGUCAAACAUUUUUUUAUUACAUUGUGUUCUACGCGUUGUGGAAAUAAAAAGUCAAUUCUUCCACAGUUCUUCUAUCCCCAUGACGCGUACAAUACAAUGCAAUAGAAAAAAAACUGUUGACCAUGAAACUUAAGGUCAAGAACAAUUUUUCAGUAACAUUUUUUAUAGAUCUUCACCGAUCCGAUAAUGUAAAACACGCUUAUGACUACCAAGACCAAACAUUUCUUGACACUCUGUUCAAGAAAGUCGAGCGUACUAAAAAAGAUUAUUUGUGAUACAAAUAUUGUAAUAUUUCGUUCAUUUAUGUGAUAAUCGUCUCUAUUUAACUAUAAAUGCAGGGAUACAUUUUCAGUAUCGAAGAGAGAUUAGUAAAGAAGGAGAAAAAGAAGGAGCUACCAGAAGCGUUUUCCGUCUCCUAGAUGAGCAAUAUUUUUCCACUACGUUAGAGCAAACGUUUGACCCCUUUAUUUGGCAAACCAUAAAUCUACCACAAAUCCAAUGAUUACUUUACUUUCAAACAAAUUAAUUUUUCUAUAGAUUGUCUGUUUAAAACGAUAUAUCGAGCUUUUAAAUUGCCGAAUAAAGGGUUCGUAUUAGCAUUACCGAUUACCGUUUUGUCAAUUACUUCGGAAUCUGCCUUAAACGAGAAAAGGGUAGCUAAAUAAAAGAUAUCAGUAUAAUUAGACCUUGAUAGUUAAUAUCUAGAAAUGUCAUAUCGAAUACAAAAAGAUCCAGAUACGUCAAUCUUGGACUCCGCUCCAAUUGCUAUUUGUUCACGUAUAAACGAAAGACAAUAAUGAUAUGAAAUAUGGAAGAAAAAUAUUUCAUCCAAGUUAACUAUUGCUUUCAAUAAACAGUAUCGUUUUUAAUAUAACAGCAUCAGUAAAAAAAUUA